GCCGGCCGGAGAGCCCGCGGCCGGGCCGCCUGGGUGAGCGCGCCGAGGCGGCUGCGGUGCAGGCUUCCAGCCCCCACCAUGCCGUGGCCCCUGCUGCUGCCCCUGCCGCUGUUGCUGGCUGUGAGCGGGGCCCAGACCGCCCGGCCAUGCUUCCCCGGAUGCCAGUGCGAGGUGGAGACCUUUGGCCUCUUUGACAGCUUCAGCCUGACCCGCGUGGAUUGCAGUGGCCUGGGCCCCCACAUCGUGCCCGUGCCCAUCCCUCUGGACACAGCCCACUUGGACCUGUCCUCCAACCAGCUAGAGACCGUGAACGAGUCGGUGCUGGCCGGGCCAGGCUAUACCACGCUGGCUGGUCUGGAUCUCAGCCACAACCUGCUCACCAGCCUCUCGCCCACCGCCUUCUCCCGCCUUCGCUACCUGGAGUCGCUUGACAUCAGCCACAAUGGCCUGGCGGCUCUGCCAGCCGACAGCUUCACCAGCUCACCCCUGAGCGACGUGAAUCUCAGCCACAACCGGCUCCGGGAGGUCUCGGUGACCGCCUUCACUACCCACAGCCAGGCCCGGGCGCUGCACUUGGACCUCUCCCACAACCUCAUCCACCGCCUCGCGCCGCACCCUGUGGGGGCCGGCCUACCCACACCCACCAUCCAGAGCCUGAACCUGGCCUGGAACCGGCUCCGCGCCGUACCCGACCUCCGGGACUUGCCCCUACGCUACCUGAGCCUGGAUGGGAAUCCGCUGGCCGCCGUUGGCCCAGGCGCCUUCCGGGGGCUGGCGGGCCUUACGCACCUGUCCCUGGGCAGCCUGCAGGGUCUCCCCCAGCUGGCGCCCCAUGGCUUCCGUGAGCUGCAGAGCUUGCAGGUCUUGGACCUGUCAGGCAACCCGAAGCUCAAGUGGGCAGGAGCCGAGGUAUUCUCAGGCCUGGGCUCCCUGCAGGAGCUGGACCUGUCGGGCACGGGCCUGGUGCCUCUGCCCGAGAUGUUGCUCCUCCACCUGCCAGCACUGCAGAGCAUCAGCGUGGGCCAGGCUGUGCGCUGCCGGCGGCUGGUGCGGGAGGGCACCUACCCUCGGCAGCCUGGCUCCAGCCCCAAGGUGGCCCUGCACUGCGUAGACACCCGGGAAUCGGCUGCUAAGGGCCCCGACACUUUGUGACACAUGGCGCAGCCUGGGGCCACAUAACGGACUCCUGCCCCGGGCUCCUUCAGGUCCUGGGUAACUUAUAUUUUCAUGUGCCAAUGCUGGGGGGGGGCGGUGGGGGCACCCAACAAGCCUCUGUGGCAGCCUCAUUGGA